GAUUACUGUUACUGAAGCCGCUCCACUCCUCUUUCUCUUUUAGCAUUGCCCAACUAAGGGAAAGAGCGACAGAGACGGGGGUGUGAAAUGGGUGACCUGACAGGAACACCUGUUCUCCAUGGAUAUCGUAUGCCUGCUGAGUGGGAGCCUCAUUCACAGACUUGGAUGGGUUGGCCUGAACGCCCAGACAACUGGCGAAAUAGUGCAGUACACGCACAGCAAGCUUUUGUCAAGGUAGCAACAGCAAUUUCAAAGUUUGAGCCCGUGACUGUAUGUGCAAGUACUGGUCAGUGGGAAAAUGCACGAAGGCAGUUACCAGAACAUAUCACUGUUAUUGAGAUGAGUAUGAAUGAUGCUUGGUUUCGUGACACCGGGCCAACUUUUGUUGUGAAUGCAUCAAAUGCUGGUAGCGUAGAGCAAAAAGUCGCAGGCAUUGAUUGGAAUUUUAACAGUUGGGGAGGGGUUGAUGACGGUUGUUACCAAGAUUGGAGUCUCGACCUGCUUGUGGCAAGGAAGAUUCUUGGAAUUCAGAAGGUUCCUCGGUUUCCUCAUUCCAUGGUUCUUGAAGGUGGAAGCAUUCAUGUAGAUGGAGAAGGAACAUGUCUUACCACUGAGGAGUGCCUCUUGAACAAAAACCGGAACCCGCAUUUAACUAAAGAGCAAAUAGAAAAUGAACUUAAGGUAUAUCUUGGAGUCCAAAAGGUUAUUUGGCUGCCUCGCGGAUUAUAUGGUGAUGAUGACACUAAUGGUCAUAUUGAUAAUAUGUGCUGCUUUGCAAAGCCUGGUGUGGUUUUAUUGUCUUGGACUGAUGACGAAAAAGAUCCUCAGUUUGAACGAUCCAUGGAGGCCUUAUCUAUUCUCUCCAAUGCUACUGAUGCUGAAGGUAGGAAAUUCCAGAUAAUUAAACUCCACGUACCAGGACCACUCUAUAUGACAGAAGAAGAAGCUGCUGGAGUUAUACAAGAUAAUGAGGCUAAACCAAGACUUCCAGGCACAAGACUUGCUGCUUCUUAUGUAAACUUCUAUAUUGCGAAUGGAGGGAUCAUCACGCCACAAUUUGGGGACCAGAAAUGGGAUGAUGAAGCUGUUCGUGUCCUCUCUCAAGCCUUCCCAAAUCAUGAGGUUGUGAGAAUUGAAUGUGCAAGGGAGAUCGUUUUGGCAGGUGGAAAUAUUCACUGCAUCACUCAACAACAACCGGCUGUUCCGCCUAGUAAAAUUUGAUAACUUUUAUCUGAAUCACUAUUAACCCAUCCAUUAAAUAAUUAGUGAAAUAGGUUAAGCUACCGGUUCCAUUGAUUGUGGAAGUUUACCAAAUGAUAAAUCAAAUAGGAUAAAAUUACAACUUCAAUUUUGGUCUGUGCUUCUAGCUUUCGGGGCUCUGUUCCUGUGAGAAAAAGCCAAUAUAUGUGUUGUAUAAGAGUGUGACAGACAACACAACCCUUAUACUUCAGUGGUUCAAUCCACUCUCAGUUCGCAUUUUUUUCUGGACUAUCCAAUUUUGCUAUUGGAUUCAGUUAAAAUUAAGUGAACUUUCAGAAA